AUGUCACAAUUGGAAGUCAACAAGGCUGAUAUAGUGCCGCCUCCAAAGGAUGAAGAAGAAUUAGCAUUGGAAAAACUUGUCUUUGGUGAUUUAGAAGGUUUUGAAACUAAUUUAAAAAAUAUUGAUAAUUUAUAUAAUGAAUCAGAUGAAUAUGAAAGUAAUAGUGAUAAUCAAAGUGAUUCAUCAGAUGAAGAAGAUGAAGAAGGUUUAGCAAAAGUCCAAGAUGAUGAAUUAUUUUUCGUUGAUGAUGGGGAAGAAGAUGAUGAUGCUAUGGAUAUAGAUGAUGAAGAAGAUGAUGAUGAUGAAGAAGAAGGUGAAGGUGAAGAAAGUGAUGAAAGUGAUGCAUGGAUUGAUAGUGAAGAUGAAGGAAUAAGUAUAUCUUUAUUACAAUCUGAUAAAUUAAGGAAAUUACGUAAAAAGGAAACAGAUACAAGUAUAAGUGGGAAAGCAUAUAUAUCAAGAUUAAGAUCACAAUUUGAAAAAAUUUAUCCAAGACCAAUUUGGGCUGAUCAAGAUUUCGAUAAUAAUGAUGAUGAUGAAGAGAAUUCUAAUGAUGAAUCAGAAGGAUCAGAUGAUGAAGAAACUUCACAAGGUGAUGUUAAAGCAUUAUCCAAAAUUUUACAAAAAACAAGAAAUUAUCAAAAUAAUAAAAAUUCUAAAUUAUUACCUCCAAAUAAAUUAGAUAUAACAAGAUUAAAAGAUGCAAAUCAAAAACAUCCAUCAAAAUCUGCAAUUCAAACAUUAUCAUUCCAUCCAACACAUCCAUUAUUAUUAACUGGUGGUUAUGAUCGUACAAUUAGAAUAUAUCAUGUUGAUGGUAAAAUUAAUAAUGUUGUUACAUCAUUACAUCUUAGAGAUACACCAAUUCAAACUGCUUCAUUCAAUCCAAAUCCUGAAAAUAAUAGAAUUUAUGCAGGUGGUAGAAGAAGAUAUAUGUAUUCAUGGGAUUUAACAACUGGUUCAAUUGAAAAAAUUAGUAGAUUAUAUGGUCAUGAAGAAACUCAAAGAUCAUUUGAAAAUUUUAAACUUUCACCAAAGGGUAAUUUCAUUGGAUUAACUGGUAAUAGUGGAUGGAUAAAUAUCUUAUCAAGUUCAACAAGUUUAUGGGUUCAAGGUUUUAAAAUUGAAGGAACAUUAGUUGAUUUUGAUUGGAGUUCAAAUGAAGAAUUUUUAAUUGCAAUUAAUUCAACAGGUGAAAUAUGGGAAUUUAAUUUGAAAACUAAAAAAAUUUCAAACAAAUGGAGAGAUGAAACAGGUGUUGGUAUUACUAAAGUUAAACUUGGUGGUAAAAAUGAUAGAUGGUGUGCAGUGGGGAGUGAAAGUGGUAUUGUUAAUAUUUAUGAUCGAUUAAGUUCAACAAAGAAACCAAUUGGUACAUUAGAUCAAUUAGUUACUACAAUUUCAUCAUUAGAAUUUAGUUCAGAUGGUCAAAUACUUUGUAUGGCUAGUAGAGCUAAGAAGGAUGCAUUAAGAUUAGUUCAUUUACCAAGUUGUAAAGUAUUCCAAAAUUGGCCAACUUCAGGUACACCAUUUGGUAAAGUUACAUCAGUUGCAUUUAGUCCUAAUAAUGAAAUGAUUAGUGUUGGUAAUGAAGCUGGGAAAGUCAGACUAUGGAGACUGAACCACUAUUAG